GGCUGAAGGCGUUGCUGUCACGAUGUCGGCGGAGGUGCAAGAGUUCCACGCCAUGGACGACAGCGCUCGACGCGAUGCGAAGCGAAAGCGGAGUGUAAUCACGACCUUCCGCACCGAGCAGGCCGCGUUUCACCAGCGGAGGAAAUCAGCGGUCGAUUUCCCACGCCUCGAUUCAGCCGACUCUAUGUCUUUAGGGGCCCAACCGCAUGUUGCACCCCAGACAGUGAUUUCUACCCCAAAUGUGCCCAAGAGUGCGUUCCACUACAAUCGAUUCCAAGGGAAACAAGUCAACAAAAUCAAGGUCGUCCCCGUCGAUGUUAACCAGUCAUUGAAAUCGCCAGAGUCCAAAAAAGCCAAAAGCCCCAAGGCAAAACCCCAAACGAAGCGGUCUAGCCUAAUCGAAAAAGCACGGAGCAUUCGUCGGCUUGAAGAAAAGGUGUCAUUCAUCACGCGCCGGCGGCUCUUCUUCAAACGCAUGCGGCAGCUCAUCUUAUACGUGUUUGGGUUUGUCCUGCUCGUGGGCAUUGGCCUGUACUCCGUAUUUACCUCCGAAUUGAUAACUCAAGCGCUUGCCGCCGGUCAAGUGACAACGAUUGUGCAAAAUGUCCGUGCAUCUGCGAUGGCGAUGGAUGCGAACGGAACCCUCUACAUUGCAGACGCUUUUGCCAACAGGAUAUACACGUGGAACGGCACGUUGAACGAUUUUGCCGGCUCGACAAUCUAUGCGGAGGUUGAUGGACCUGUUGCAAGUGCCCGAUUUUCGUUCCCCACCGGGCUAGCAAUUGACGUCGAUCGCAACAUUGUGUACGUGGCAUCUCGAGACAACCAAGCCGUCCGCUCGAUUCAGAAUGGCACCGUGUCGACCAAGUUCUCAGCACGCAACCGUCGAAUGGAGCAACCAGCGUCUUUACCCAUUUACGUGUUUGACGAAGAAGUCGACUACUACGUGCCCAUUUCCGUCGCCGUCGAUUCCGUGGGCAACUUGUUUAUUGGGUCGGGGGCCAUGGUCGAGAAGAUUGACCUUGAUGGAACUGUCACGGUCAUUGCUGGCAACGGAUGGCGGGGGUACGCUGACGGGCACGCCGCAUCUGCCAGAUUUCGCUACGUGCGGUCGCUUGUCGUGGACCCGACGGGACGUUUUGUCUACCUGGCUGACAUGUACAACCGCGCGAUUCGUCGCAUUGACAUGGAGAUGAACGAAGUGACAACGCUAACCCCGCGGGGCUUUGCCUUGGCCAGCACCGCGCGCCAGGCCGACUGUGUUCAGUUUGAACAAGAUCAGUGCUACCUGUUCGACAAGCCGUACGGCAUCGCGUUGGGUGCGAACGGGUCGCAGCUGGUUGUUGCCGACUCAUGGAACAAUUCGGUCACAGUGUUUGACAUCAACGGAACACUCUUGCGCGAGUACGGCACGGGGGACUUUGGAGCCCAGGACGACUUUGUCCCCGCAGACCCUACGUUGCGCCCACAGGCACCAACGUUUGGCAAUCCCAUGAGCGUCGCAGUCGAUGCGGAUGGUUUCAUCUACGUCGGAGACGCUGGCAAUCGACUGAUACGACUGAUCGCUCCGUGAUAUUCAAACUAGUACUCACAACCUAUUUAAUACGACUGUGACAAACUUCUCCGAGACAAAACGGCGUCGGGG